AUUCUCAAUGAUACGGACCAUUUUUAAAUACCGAUCCGUGGUGGACUAUCCACCUUAGAAUUUGCUACUAUGUACAAAAGUAACAUUAAAUAUGGUCUUAGAUAUAUACCAACCCACUGUAGCAGUGUUGAAUGGAUAGCAUGUGUCCUUAAUUUAAGGACUACUACUCAACAAGAUAUACUUCUCUUCUAGGGUGGGUCACUUAUAUUUAUUAGGACUACUACUUUCCUUAUUAGGGUUCUAAAUCCAACACAGAACAGAAUAUUUAUGUUUCUUUCUUUCUUCGGUGGUUAAUCUAUCUCUCUCUCUCUCUCUACACUGCGUCAUCAAUCAUGGAUCAAAAAUCUGAAAUUGAAGGUGGCGAAUGGGAAUUGAUCCACAACGAUAAUGAAUCACCAAUCGUUGAAUUCAAUUCCAAUUCUUCUUCAAUUAUCAGAUCCGAUCAUUUCUCUCUCAAUCCUCCUAUUAUUCCCAAUUCUAUUUCUACUACUACUAGUAGUUCCAGUUCCAAUUCCGAAAUUGAUCGUAAUUUCGAUGAUUCCUACGUUGCUAAUCAGAUUUUCCCUAAUCCUAUUAUUGUCUCUUCUUCUUCUUCCACUAAUCUCCGAUGGAAUGAUUCCGAUUCCGACGAUGAAACCGCUUUGAUUGGUGCUACUGCUAAGGAGAUUGUUGAAGUUGGUUUUGAUUCGAAAGUGAAGGAAGAAGAUGUAGAAGAGAAAGAGGUGAAAGAUGAUGAUGAUGAAGAUGAUAUGAAGAGAGUUGUGUGGUGGAAGAUUCCUUUUGAAGUGUUGAAACAUUGGGUGAGUCCUUUUGCAACAAUUCCUCUUCCUUUAUCUGUUGCUGCUGCUGCUGCAUUUUUAGGGCUUCUUAUUUUGGGAAGGAGGCUUUACAAAAUGAAACGCAAGACUCAAACUUUGAAGCUCAACCUUGCUCUUGAUGAUAAGCAGAAGGUAUCUCAGCUCAUGGGUCGUGUUGCGCGUCUCAAUGAAGCAUUUUCCGUUGUGAGACGUGUUCCCAUCGUUCGACCAUCUCUGCCAGCUUCUACUAUAACUCUGAGGCCUGUGAUGAGUAUGAGAUGAAGGAAGGAUUUGACAAAUUACUUGAUUUGAAGUAUAGUAUGAAAUUGCAAUAAUGUUUGUAAUAUCAUAAAAAAAUCCUUGGGGGUAUGAAAACAUGUAUGUAUUAUGAUGUAUGUAUGUAUGUAUGUAUCUAUUAUGUGUGUUGGGAUCGAAUUUAGGAAGCCACUCAAUGGCUUCUUGUAUAUGACAUCAUAUCAUACUUGCUGUUAAUUUCUAUAUCUUGCCAAACAUAUUUGUUUUGGGGGUAA